AUGGAUGUGUUGAAACGUUUGGAUUUUGUAUUUAAUUUGCACGAAGGUUUUCCUUCUCACUGCUUUAAGCCUAAACAAGUUCAAUGUUUUGAAGCUCUUUUAAAGGAAGACCAAGUGCAGUUUUUAAACAGUGUUGGUAUUUCAGCAAUGUCACUUCAUUGCAAUAAUAGUUCCACAAGCUCUUAUGAAAGUUUGUUUGCCGAAAUGAAAACUCAUGAAGAAAUCAAUAUAUCAAAAAAGGUGCAAGAAGGGGAUAUAAAUCUACUCUUCGCUCAUCCAGAGGCAAUACUUUCCGAGCAAGGCAGAAAUUUAUUAAAGUCAACUGUGUAUCAAGAUAAUGUUGUUGGAAUUGUUAUUGACGAGGCCCAUUGUGUAGAAUUUUGGGGAGAAGAAUUUAGAAAAGAUUUUAAAGAACUUUCCACAGUGCGCACUUAUUUUCCAAAAGCCUCACCUCAUCAUAUAACAAGUUUAGUGAAGUCAUUGAAUAUGUCAACAGCAAAAGUUAUCAGAGUAAAUCCCAACCGCAAAAACAUAUUUCUUGACAAAAAGAUCCGCAAAAGUAAUGCUUCUGGAUUCGAAAGCUAUGAGAAUAUAUUGUUACCUAUAGCAAAUUCAUUAAAUUCAGUAAGAGAACAAUUUCCAAUGACAAUCAUUUAUAUGAAAUUAAAAUAUUGUGGUCUUGCCUUUAAUCUAUUUGAAAGAAUUUUAAGCACAUUUCAAUACGUGGGAUUUGAAAAAACACCAUCUAGUCGUUUGUUUUGUCAAUACCAUGCACCGCAGACAAAAGCUAUGAAACAAAUUAUCAUAAAGGAAAUUUCUAAGAAGAACUCAUGGAUCAGAGUUAUCUUUGCUACCACUGCGCUCGGAAUGGGUGUUAAUAUUUCACAUGUAGAAGAUGUUUACCACAUUACCCCACCCAGCAAUCUUGAAGCUUAUGUUCAAGAAAUAGGACGAGCUGGCAGAAGUGAGCAACCUGCAACAGCUAUUUUGUUUUACAAUAAUUCCGAUGUUUCGGCAAAUAAAACAAAUGUGGAUAAAAAUAUGAAAUUGUACUGCCAGACAUCAACUUGCCUAAGGGAGCAUAUUCAAAAACAUUUUGGUUUCAAGCACGAACUUCAAGAAAAAUGUUGUUUAAUCUGUGAAAAAGUGGAAUUGGUAGAAAAACCAACCACUGUAAGAACUCGUUUAACAGCAAAAUUAAGAAAUGAAUUAAAUAAGGAACUAUGUAUGGCCCUAUCCAACAUUAGUGAAGAAAAUUCAAUAUUUUUGUUUGGGACUCCCAAAGAGCUUGCCGCUGACAUUUGUUACACAAGCUCACAAUCAAACACAGGUACCCCUGAUUUAUCCAUGUUACAUGAGAACAUUGCUAAAGAAGUUCAAAAUAUUUUGUCAAAAAAAAAACCCAUCCAAAACCAUCACAAAUAA